CGAUCGGCCCGACGUGCAUCCCGUCCUGCCCAACGCUCUCUUGUGAGCCACUCCUCCAGCCUCGCCGAUACUGUAGGGCCGGCGGCUUCUGAGAAUUCAAUCCCGCGGUAGCGUGUGUCUAUCCAUCCCGCAGCUUUCGUUCGCCAUCGACACCCGCAGCCAUGGCUGACAACAAGCCCGACGAGUCCGCCAUCGACAUCGCCAAGAGCGAAUCGUUGCUUUUGAUCACCCCCGACGACCUUGCAUACGAGGAGGAGUGCCUGAGGAACCCAUGCGUUCUCAAGUGCUGGCUGCGCUAUCUCGAUCACAAACAGGAAAACGCAGCAGCUCUCGGCCCGACGGCGCAUCUGCAUUCGCUCUACUUUAUAUAUGAGCGGGCACUCAAGGAGCUCCCCGGAAGCUACAAGCUGUGGAAAGCCUAUCUUGACCUCCGCAUCUCGCAGCUCAUCGACAUCUCUCAGGCACCCGACCCCAAGACGGGCCUGUAUUCGUCGAUCAAGGCACCUCGGAGCCAUCCCGAGUGGGACCAGAUCAACAACUGCUUCGAGCGGUGCCUUAUCCUUUGCAACAAGUUCCCUGUCAUAUGGAUCAUGUAUUGCCGCUUCCUGAUGCACCAGAGGAGAAUCACUCUGAUCCGCCAAAAGUUUGAUCAGGCUCUGCGAGCCCUGCCCAUCACCCAGCACGAUCGUAUCUGGGACCUCUAUCUCAAGUUUGCUGAGUCGGCCGGCGGCGAAACCAUCGUGCGCAUCUGGAAGAGAUAUCUCAAGCUCGAGCAGGGUGGCGCCGACAAGUACGUCCAGAUCCUGCUGAACCUACCGCAGCCGCGCUAUGCCGAGGCUGCCCGUAUCCUCGCCAGCAUGGUUGAAGAUCCCAAGUUUGCGUCGUCCACCGGAAAGACCCAGUACCAGCUGUGGACCGAGUUCUGCGACCUGGUCUGCCAGCACGCCGACGAGAUGGAUGUCGCCACCAGUGACCUCGUCGUCGGCGCCAAGGAGGGCCGGCUCGGCAAGGUUGAGAAGCUCGACAUUGAAAAGAUCCUGCGUUGUGGCAUCUCGAGGUUCUCGGACCAGGUCGGCAAGCUUUGGAAUGCCCUCGCAACCUGGUGGACGCUGCGCGGCGAGUUUGAGAAGGCCCGGGAUGUCUACGAAGAGGCCCUCCUCAAAGUCACAACCGUGCGGGACUUUUCCAUGGUCUUUGACGCAUACGCCCAAGUUGAGGAAGCCACCAUCGCCGCAAAGAUGAAGAGCCUGACUGUCCAGGACCGCGAGCCAGAGGACGACGACGAGCUCGAGAUUGAUUUGCAUCUGGCACGAUUCGAGAAACUGAUGGAACGACGGCCGUUCCUCGUCAACAGCGUCCUGCUCCGCCAGAACCCGCACAACGUGCACGAGUGGGAGAACCGAGUCAAGCUGUGGGAAGGCCACGGCAACGAGCGCAUGAUGAUCGAAACCUACACCGAGGCCAUCUCGACCAUCUCUCCAAAGAAGGCAUACGGCCAGCUGCAGAUGCUCUUUGUGCACUUUGCCACGUUCUACGAGUCCCGCGGCGAUCUCGACAAGGCCCGAGCCAUCUUUGAACAGGCCACAAAGGUGCAGUUCAAACGAGUCGACGACCUCGCCGAGAUCUGGUGCCAGUGGGCCGAAAUGGAGCUGCGGCAAAACACCGAUGAAACCGAUCGAUUGGCUCUCCAGGUCAUGGGCCGAGCCACAGCCCCUCCGCGCGGCAAGGCGCAUCUGCACCAAUCGAUCCGCUAUGCCGACGAGUCGCUGCCUCCCCAGCAGCGCCUCUUCAAGAGCCUGAAGCUGUGGUCGUUCUAUGUCGAUCUGGAAGAGUCCAUCGGGAGCCUCGAGAGCACCCGAGCCGUCUACGACCGGAUCCUCGAGCUCAAGAUUGCUACUCCGCAAGUGGUCAUCAACUACGCUCUGUGGCUGGAAGAGAACAAGUGGUUUGAAGAGAGCUACAAGAUCUACGAGCGCGGCAUCGAGCUUUUUGGAUGGCCUGCGGCCUUUGAUAUAUGGACAAUGUACCUCACCAAGUUUGUGGCCCGAUACGGCGGAUCCAAGCUGGAACGAACCCGCGAUCUGUUCGAGAACGCACUGGACAAGUGCCCUCCCAAAUAUGCCAAGACGCUCUAUCUGAUGUACGCCAAGCUGGAAGAGGAUUUUGGUCUGGCGCGCCAUGCCAUGCGCAUUUACGACCGGGCCACCCAGGCCGUCGACCCCAGCGACCAAUACGACAUGUACAUGGUUUACAUCUCCAAGGCCACCUCGUCCUUUGGCCUUGCCUCGACCCGCGAGAUCUACGAGCGCGCCAUCGAGAAGCUGCCCGAUGCCCAGGCCCGCAACAUGGGUCUCAAGUUUGUCGAUCUCGAGACACGUCUGGGCGAGAUCGAUCGUGCCCGUGCGGUGUUGGGCUACGUCAGCCAGCUCUGCGACCCGCGGAUGGACCCUGACUUUUGGAAGGAAUGGCAGAACUUUGAGGUCAAGCACGGCAACGAAGACACGUUCAAGGAGAUGCUCAGAAUCAAGCGCUCGGUUCAGGCCAAAUUCAACACCGAUAUUGGCUUCAUCUCGUCGCAGCUCCUGGCGGCGCGCAAAAAGGGACAGCCCGAGCCCAAUGCUGGCGGCAUUAGCGCCCUGGAGCAGCAAGCUCUGCAAGAAGGUGGCAACAACGACGGCCACAAUACCCGGGUCAUUGGGUUUGUUCGAUCCAAGGCCAGCGAGAAAAAAUCUGCCGCGGCCGACGAAGAGUCCUCGGCUCCUGCAGCCAUCAAUCCCGAUGAGAUUGCGAUCGCCGACGACGACGACGAUGAUGAUGAUGAUGAUGAUGAUGAUGAAGACGGCGACGAAAAGGAUGCCGAAGACACGAUCAUGGGAACCGAGGGCGUGCACCGACGGCCUGUUCCUGAUGCGGUCUUUGGUGGUCUGGCACAACAGCCCGGCACCGAGUCGCAGGAGCCAGAGGAGCAACUGGGGGCCAAAGAGCGAUUCAAGCGCAAGCGAUAGCUGUGCGGCGGUGAUCGUCGCUGGGCGGUGUCCUCUGUUCAUCUGUGCAUGCCGAUGGGGCUGCUCUAAUAAAGCACCGGCGCCAUCGCCAUGUCUUGCA